UCCACAGCCCGAAACCGCGUGGGAAUUUAAACGGAAGAACAGCUCGUCUGACGUUCCCACUGGCAUUGAGAUUCCCUCCGUUGUCUUCUGAUUCUGCGUUUUCAUCUCAGUGGCGUAGUAGAAGCAGACCGGCUCCAAUGGCAGCAUGUGGUGUCAUUACGACUCUCUCCAAAUCCAGCUUCUCGGUUCAAAAUCGCGCUUUCAAUUCCAUAAAAUGUGCGUACAGAAGGAAUCGGAGUGUUCAGAGGUGGAAAUCUACUUCGGCAAGUGUUGUGGCUGGCGAUACAACAGUUUCGAACGGACAAUUCCAACGUGAUGAACUGGACCUGUCAUUUGAAAACACUAAAGAUGCUUACAAAAGCAAAACCACGUGGGAGCUCAUCCGGGCAUUUAUGGUUUUGAAAUUGACGACGAUCGACUACCUGGUCGAAAACAACCAGCGACUUAUGAAGUUAGGGAAAAAGCUUUUAGGGCCCACGUUAUUCCGGGCACUCAUGAAGCACACAUUCUACGGACAUUUUGUUGCCGGUGAAGAUGAGAAAAUUAUUUUACCAGUUAUCAGGAGAAUGCAGUCCUUUGGAGUGAAGAGUAUUUUGGAUUACAGCGCAGAAGAGGAUUUGAGCGAAGAAAAAGCAAAAGAAGUCGAAAUGAGCGGGUGUUUAUCUUCAGCAUCUGAAGUUGAUAAACUCGGUAAACAAUUUCAACCAUAUGAAGAGUUUGCCGACAGACGAAAAUAUCACACUGUUGCAAGAACAUAUUUUUACCUUGAUGAAGCUCAAUGUGAAAAAAAUAUGGAAACUUUCCUAAAGUGCAUUAAUGCUGUUGCAGGAACAACACAAUCUACUGGGUUUGCUGCUGUUAAAAUGACUGCACUCGGUAGGCCACAAUUAUUAAUGCAGUUAUCUGGAGUUAUAGCUGAGACCAGGAAGUUCUUUAAAAAAGUUGUUGGUACAGAAAGGAACAUGGCUUUAGUGAAUGUUACUCCAGAAAUCCUCGAGCACAAGCUAGAAGACUACAACAUCAAUACUAGAAAACAAGAAGUACAGGAAUUUUUAGAACACAUGGACUAUGAUAAGAAAGGCCUUAUGAAUUUAUUUUCCUGGAGUGGGUUAGUUGAUAUGGAUUCUCUGAUAUCUGAUUUAUUUAAGGUUCCAAAUAUUCAGACUGGAAGAAUGGAACCAAUUAUUUCAGCAUUAACAGAAGAUGAAGAAGAAAUGUUUCGUAACAUGAUGAGGAGAUUACACCACAUUGCAAAAGUAGCUAAAGAAAAAGAUGUCCGUGUUAUGAUAGAUGCAGAGCAAACUUACUUCCAACCUGCAAUAAGCAGAAUUACUAUGGAACUGAUGCGUAAAUAUAACAAAGAAAAAGCAAUCAUCUUCAACACUUAUCAGUGUUAUCUCAAAGAAGCAUAUAACAAUAUUCUUCUUGAUUUGGAACUUGCAGAAAGGCAAGGAUUUUACUUUGGUGCUAAACUGGUGAGAGGAGCCUAUAUGGAACAGGAAAGAUUAAGAGCAAAGAAAAUCCGUUAUGAAGAUCCAAUAAAUCCAAGCUAUGAAGCAACUACUGAAAUGUAUCAUAAAUCUUUGACAGAAAUAUUUCGUCAAAUCAUAGCAAAAGGAGAUAGAAAAACUGCUGUGAUGGUAGCAUCUCACAACGAAGAUACUGUGCGUUUUACUGUAAAAAAAAUGGAAGAGUUAGGAAUUAAACCUGAACAUAAAGUUGUUUGUUUUGGUCAGCUGUAUGGCAUGUGUGAUCAAGUCAGCUUUCUUCUUGGUCAAUCUGGUUAUUCUGUUUAUAAAUAUGUGCCAUAUGGACCUAUUGACGAAGUGCUGCCAUAUCUGUCUCGUCGGGCACAAGAAAAUAAUGGACUCCUAAAAAAAUCUGACAGAGAAAGAAAGCUUUUAAUAAAUGAAAUCAAGAGAAGAAUUAUGUGUGGUAAUAUAUUUAGUGCAACUCCUGUUGGAAACUACAAGCCAAUUUGAAAUCAAAGACCUGUUUUUAAAGAAUUUUAAUUGUGAAAUAAAAAUUUUUAG